UUUGCUUUUCUCUCUCCCAAUUUCUGUUCUCCCCAGUCUAAUCUCUAUCCUUAGAGAUUCUGAGUUGUUUCUGUGCUAAUUUGUAGUGUAGAUCACUACAAUUGGUAUCAGAGCACUCUUUCCUGAGUGACCUGGUUACAAUGGAGAAUCAAAAAUAAUUUGAUGAGUUAGCUAAGAAAGUUGAUUCUCUGAUGAGAAUUCAGGGAUACUUACUUAGGGAAUUGAAGGAUACUUACAACAAUCCUUCACCACAACUUAUCGCCAACUUUAAGAGUUUAUCUGCUGAAUUGAAGAUUGUAGAAGAUCGGUUGAGCAAAGUGAAAGUGGAUGAAGUCUUACCAAAACCCUCAUCUGAAUCUACAUGCCAAUUCGAGGAAGAUUUCAAAUCAAUCUACCAAAACACAAUUCUCGAACCGUGAUGAAGCUAGUUCUGAAGCUGAAUUUCAAAAACGCAAUGGGAAUUCAACAUUUCUGGACUAUCAAGAAGGUAAAACUUUCAGUCCUGAUACUAAUUUGGUGGUGGAUUUUCGAAGUAAAAGAGAUGGAACCCCUGAGGUAAAUGAUUUCAGUGCGUUAAAUCUGAACUUUAAUGAUGAGCUUCAACAAUGUGAAGAUUGGAAGUUUGUAACUGUUGACAACUUUAAUCAAUUUGAUUCUUACCUAUUCAAGUCAUUCAAGGUGCUUUCCAACUUACAUAUAUUACUAUUUAAGUCUGAAUGUAUUGUAUUACUUAAUUUUGAUUUUGUUCGAGUCAUAUUUGAUCGGGGAAGAGAGUUUGAAGUUAUUAGAAGGUAUCUUUGUUGUGUUGUGGGUAAUUCUGCAAUCAAUUAUGAGCUUGUUCUUCGACAGGGGUACACAUUGGUUUCAAGGUUUAUGAAUUCAAUUGUGUUUGUAGUUGUUAAAAAUUGUGACAGUUGUGUUGCUUGGAAAUUGUUUUUGAAAGUGUCACAAAGUGAUAGUAUCAGUAGGUAUGGUGUUGCUUGAUAGAGGAAGUAUGAGUGAAACCAUAAUGUGGAGUUCUCAAUCGAAAGGAUUUGAUGCUUCAUUUUUGGUCUUAAUUCAUAUUCUCCCUAAGUACACUGGAAUAAUGGAAUUCAGAUCAGUUCUUAUGUGUGAAAGUUAUGAAAACUGUUCCUAUGAUGUCCUGGUUUUUGCUGGAAGAGUAAUUGAUAGAGGGAAGUUGUUUGACUCAAGAAAGAGGUCUCCUUAUUAUGAAGAUGGUAGCAGUAGUGAUGCUAAGAAGCUACCUGAGGAAAUGCCAUUACAAUAUUUUUUUCUCUGGACCAUUAAAUUGAGUCCCCAAAUGCCAAGGCAGGAUGAGUACGACAUGGCACAAGAAAUUUUUGAUCGACAGCUUGUAGAGGUUUUUUUAAGUGCAAGUUUCUUUCACUCGAGUUAUUGGCUAUCAUUCCUUGUGCUUAAUCCAGAUGGUGCAACAAGUGGUUCUAGUAGGUUGUUUGAUGAAUCUUCGCAGCGUGCUACUCUCUGGGAUGUAUCGUCACUUCAAGUGCCAUUGGAAAAGGAGUUUGGAAGGGCUCCACCACUUUUCGAUCAAAUUCCUGGUAUCCCUAGCUGGGGUUUUCAUGGAGUAUAUGGUGUUGUGUUCAAGAGAAAGUGGAUGUAUGAAGAAUCUGAGUUCACAUCUUACUUGUAUUGCAUCUUAUUGUUUCCUGCCACUCAUGAAGAUAACGAUACUGUAGAGUUCCAUGUUUUUUCUCUUGUGAAUUUUCCAAGUCAAGAAAAGAGUACUCAGGCAAUUCAGUAUGCGUCUUGGGUUGUGUUUCCUUCCUACACACAUUCUCUGGCUAGUUAUGUUCAUUCACUUGGAGUUCUUAGUGCGUCAGAAUGUUUCGAAAAGAUCCCAGUAGAUAGAGAUGCUGAAGAUAGAGAUUUAAUGGCAGUUAAGCAUCCCAAUUGGAGUUGUCCGGCCACAUCUGACCUUGCCCAGUAUCUUAUUUCUUGUUUCAACCAUGUGGCGGGUGUAUCCAUUUAUCAUUCCACUCACUACUUACUUCUUUGUAACAAUUAUUUGUGGGGAUGGGUAUAUGAAGCAACAUAAAGUUAUAGCUGGACCAGAUUUCUUGCAAGGUUAGUGGGAACCCAAGUCUUACUCAGGGGAAUUCAAAUUUUGAAUGUGCUAAUACUGGUGGAUUACUUGAGGUGGAAGGUUACAACAAUUUAUUAUGCUAAGCUCAACUAUAUACUGUUGAGAUGGGAGUUCAUAGACAAACUCGAGAAGAAUUUGAGAUUGUCAGAGUUCCUUGUAAGGAGAGUGGGAGUGCAGGCCAAGAAUGUUGAGUCUACAGGUUCAUGGAGUGUGGAAGAUAUUGUAACUUUGAAAAUAACGCAAAUAUGUUGUCUUAUUAAAGCUUUGGGAGAUAUUAAUGAUGAAGACCGUUUUAGGAGUCUACAGCUUAAGAACUGUUUGAGUGUGAGGAUAUCUACAAGUUAUUAUUGCUCUCUGGAUUUCGAGCUCAGGUUCAAAUGUGUCCAUCUCCAUACAUUCUUGUUGCUAUUUCCCGAGGAGUUCAAAUGGAGAAUGAGAAUGCAAAACAGGUUCAGAGAAGCCGAAUGGAACGAACAGGAAUUCACAUUAGAUAUUCAGUUAGAGGUAAUAUUGUCCUCUUCAGAUCCAGGGAUUACUAGUCAGUUAAGGGAGGUUGCAUUCUGUGGCUUACAGGAAUUCUCGACACUCUUUGCAGUUUCAACUCCUAAAUCAUUUAGAAGACAUAUCACCAGAGUUAUUAUGCACAACUUCAGAGGAAAAGUAAUAUUGUUGGAUCAAAUUGUGAUCCAUACAAACUACCGUCUCUCAGCAAUGAAUGGUCACCUAACUUCAGUUUACACAGUAACUAGCAGACCUGCAACUUAUUACAUUCUGGAUAUAUUAGUUCUCAUUAAGCUCAAGAUUGAAGGUUUAUCUAGAGUCAACAUCAUAUCCGACUCAAAAGUGAGGAGGGGAUACAGUCAGGUGAUAAUUAAGGAAUAUAUUGAGCAGUACGAAGGAACGAGGUAUUUGCAGAACAUGCUUAGCUCUGUAGAAAUAACUCUUACAUUCCUCAACUAGUUGGCUGCACAAUCUUGGCCUUAUGAUGUGGUUUUAUUCAUGGUGAUGGGAUUAGCUUUGUUCCUCCUGGUUGUGUGGAGUACCAGAAACACACAUUGGGUCUCGCUGGUUCCAUCAACUCUCAUUGCAACAAUCCACCUUAUUACCUGGUAUGCUAACUGUCUAGAUAAAAACAGAGACACCAUAUGGUCCUUAUACCAGUUAUGCUUACUGUUUGGCUUGCUUACUGAAAUUUUAAGAUUGAGGUUUGAGCUCAGUCUCUUGUGGGCCUUGAAGCUGAAAUUUUUAAAGGACUCAACUCUUAUGAUUGAUGAUAAGAAGCUGCCGCAGCUAUGACUUCCAUCAAGAGCUCAACUCAUUUUCCAUAUCCUCCAUCCUUGAGGACAAGGAUGAUUUGAAGGAGUGGGAUUUGUCAUAAAUCUUCCAUUUUGUUUAUGUUUAUGUUUUUGUUUAGGGCAACCCUUGUGUGUGUUAAGGGCACCCCAGUAGUUCUGUUAGAUAGUGCUGACGGUGUUAGAUAGCCGUUAGUAGAGUGUGUCAACCACACAAACACUGCGCGUUAUUCCUGUGAUGGAAGGGAUAUAGUCUGUACUCGUAUCUGUGUAAAGACAUGAAAAAGAAUUAAUCAAAUUUGCUUUUCUCUCUCCCAA